UGCACCUGAUUUAUUCCCGUCUUUUUUUGCUGUUCUUUCUCGCAAUUCGCCCAGCAUGCCACCAAAUACACAGUUUUAAUCUGUAGCGGCUAUUACGCCGCAGCUUUUCUCUGUCGUUUUCGGGUCCAGGAUAAAACCGUGGUUUACAAAAUUAUUGAAACGCAUUAAACCCAAUAAACCGCUUAAUAGCGUUGCUGAACAUUAAACAUGCCUUAGCAAAGUUUUAUUAUCGCCAAACACCAUUUGGAUCCUGGUAUCCCUAAUGCGAAAAGGCCUAAAAUCCGAAUCGGAUCCCGAAUUUUAUUUUGUUAAUAUCGAGGCAAAUUAUUAUUAGGACGUUUAUUGUGUUAACGCCGAGGAGAAAAAAUAGCACAAAAGGUUGCUUAAGGAUUUUAUCGAAGCUAUUAACCGUUACAUUUUCCGCAUACCUGCUGUUAUGCUUAAUGGGUUGGAAAAAAAUAGUGUUGGCGAGCUAUUUUGUGGGUAAAACCGAAAUGUUAAAACCAGGAUUUUGAAUCUUAUGGAGCGCCUGUCACCCUCGCCCUUUAAAAAGGUCGAACCCAUUUCGGAAUUAACUUCACUGUCCAUAACCGCAUCUUCUGCUAAUUUAUAUCCCAAGCCUCCCAUUAAAAAGGUGGUCGGGUGGUAACCUGAUUUGGAUCCAAUUUAAACCCUUUCCCCAUCCCAAAUUAAUUGCGACCCUUUUUCGAUAUCCUUUUACGGAAUCCCACCAAUCUUUGCCUUCCAACCAAUACCAAAUCAACUGGCUUUUACUGCUUCUAACUUCGGUUAUAUUCCUGCUGCUCCGAAAUACGAAUUAGCUCCAAAUUUAACGCAUUUGGAUCCGACGCCAAAAGGAGUAAGCGAAUCUCGUCAUCUUUUUCGUCUGUUUGCAGCUCCGACAUGUAAUCCGGGAGGCCAAUUUUGGUUAACAGAUUUUUUUACUAAAUUUACCCGCUAUAAUGGUUUUGUUAAAAACAGAUUUGCUGGAGAUUAUUAUAUAUCCGGUCGCCAAUAGGGUAUUUCCGUUCACAAUUAUAGCGAAAGCUUCAACAACAGCCAUACUAGCAGCGGCAUUGACGGCUUCUCCAAUAGGGGGAUUCCUAAAGCCAUUGGGAAUUAAAGGACCUCGGCGUGCAUACAGCGGACGUCGCCUGGGAAUUUGCAGCAAAACUCAACGGGGAAUGGACGUGGCCAGCAGGGCGAAUCGAAAACGACGGAAGGUUAAGCAGCAACAACCCGAUAGCCCAUCGGAGGACGAAAUAUCAGAUAAUUAA